AUGGCGGAUCCGCCUGCGGAGAGCGCCAUUACGGUGACGUAUGCGACGCAUACGUCGCCACAGUCCUCGACACUUUUGGCGAGUAUCACUGCGCUGCUCGACCAGCAGUUUCCGCUGCGGAACCUGCACUGGCGGCCGUCACAGGCGACCGUGGCGCUGCGCGGUGCAGUGGAUGCUUCUCUUCCGCAUGCACUGCGCACACUGCAGACGCUGCCUGUGCAGCUUGUCCCACUGCAUGCACAUGCGCACGCAGAUGCUCGCGCACCGAUUUUGCCGCGCACGCCCUGUGUACACUUGUUCUUUGUCGCAUGCGACGACAAUGACACGUACCGGACCAAAGUGCGCAACGAAGUGCGCAACUGGAUUGCGUCCCUUCCUGCGUACAUGCCGCAGGACUUUGCAGGAAUGCCCAUGCACGAUGCAGAUGGGCGCGAGGUGCCGGCAUCCAUUGAGCCCCAGUAUUUGAUUGUGCUCGUUCCGCCUAUACAUCAUGUUUCUGGCGAAGCAUCCAUCGCGAGUGCAGGACAAGCCACUCCUGCAGGCAGCAAAAGUGCAGCCGCCGCAGGAAAAGGUGCCAUGGGCCGCUUUUACAGCAUGAACAAAGGCACGGUCUUGGAAAAGCUCAAGGCGGACUUUAAUGCGUCGACGCAUGAGCGAGUUGUGCACCUUGCGAAACUGCAGCCGCACAGCGCGCCCGCCGCGAAUGCGGACCCCACGAUCUGGAUUGAGCUGAUUGCGCGCAUGAAAGAAGGCGUCACGCACACCAUCGGCCAGCUUGUCGAGCUUCAGGAUCGCAUCCUAACGACCUACAAUGCAAAUGCAGCGCACUCUGAAAACUCGUUUUGCGGCGCUUUUGUGCGGACAGAACGACUGAUUGAGACACUGGAAGGUGUCGAACUGCUGGAUGAUGCGCUUGCCUUGUACGACCAACUGGACAAUCGUUUGGCGCGCAGCAUUGCCGAGCACAGCAUUGAAUUGCCCAGCGUUGGCACCACCGAGCCUGGCGACGACAGUCUUUUACUGCUAGGCCCGCUGCGCAAGCCAUACCACGACAUGAUUUUGCGCGAGACCAUCUCCUUGUUUGAUUUGCGAUGCUACGUAUUUGCACGGCGCGCGAUGCUCCUCGGCACGCUUGGCCAUGUCGUCCAUGUAAUGCAGGCCACGCCCGCAUUUAUUGCGAGCGUUGCGCGAAUGCUUGCGACGCGCGCCACUCACCUAACUCCGUUUUUCAUCGAGUCGUGGUCUUUUUCAGUUGCGCUCGACGCCGUCGCGCAGUGCCAGGCGUGGCUGGUCGAGCAGAACAGCGAGGAGGAGGAUGCAUCGCAGCUCCAAACCUUCCACUCGUCCAAAGCCGCACUGUUGGAAGUUGCUAUUUGGCAGCUGAUGCGCAUUGGCAUCUAUGUGGGCUACCUACCCAACAAGGAGCCCUUUACUCUUGCCACGCUCCCCUCACUGCGAGCCCAGGACCAUGCCGUGACGCGCAAAGAGCUGGUAGAGGCGAUUGCGAGUCGCAACGUGUUUGACUCGCACUUGCGCAAUCUUAUCCAUCGCUCGGUGCUUGCCGCCUCCCUCUGCCACCAGCAGCACCGCAUGACGCGGCUGAAAUUUAUCCUGGGGUGCAUCGAGCUGGACCGCGCUGCGUUCCAGGACGUGCACAAUAUAUUUACCGGCCUUUUGCACACGGGCUUUUCGCCCGAGUGGGGCACCUUGCACUGUGCGCUUUACGCGCGCUACUUUGCCUGUCUUCGCGCACAAGACCUGGACCACGGGCCUGUCUGGGCCGAGCGACUCACUGCCGCACUCAGCGCCGUUUGCGCUACGCGGUGCAUGCCUGGCGCGGUGCAGGCUUUGGACGAGGAAGCACUGCUGCAAGGGCUGCGUACAACGAGCGAGGAUAUUGAUACGGAUGCUACGCUUGUGGGGUACAAUGGGUGUGAUAUCCAGCUUGCGUCCAAGUUUGCGUGGCGCGAGCCAAACGACGAUGGCGCAUGGCUGCGUGUGCACAUUGUAUCGCACCUCUCUUUUGUAUUGGACGUUGCGCAGGUCGGCGUGUGCGUCGCCAACUACCGCCAGGAACAGCUUUGGUUCCUUUGCGGCGCGCGCCAGCUCUGUCCGGGUCUCAAUGUCGUCGAUGUCUACUGCGCCACGCCCGCACAAGGCUACUUUCACCUGCAGACCACACAGCUGCGCUAUGGCACUCACGUCUGCCUGGAAAAUGUCGUGUACGGCACAGGCGCGCUUUCCACGCUCGCCGAUGCACAGCAGCACGAAUACGUACGCGCGCGCGUAUUUCUGCCGCCCAAUGGUGACACACUCGCCGUCCAUGCGGGCGUUCGGCGCGACGUGCACUUGGAUGCGCCGCACUGCGUGGAGCUGCGCAUCCAGCCUGGCCACAACAUGGUCGACGGCACGAUCCACCUCGAGAUGGAUCAGGACGUGCGCUUAGCCCCUUGGUCCGAUGCGGAGCCAUACGCGAUGCAGUGCUCAGCACCCGACGCAAAGCUAGACAGCUCGGCAGAUGGAUCGCUGCUACGCUUGUCCAGCAUUGCGCCGCAUUGCGAAUGCCGCAUUGUGCUCCCGCUUGCGAUGGCGCCGCGCACCGGACGAUUCGAACUGUCCGUGCUCGUACAAUAUACCACGGCGCAGAGCCAUCCCGAGGAGCAGCGCGCGUUUGCGCGGGUUUUGGAUAUCUGCUUGGCGCUUCCGCUUGGCAUCCAGAUUGAAGACCAUUUCCGCACCAAAUGCAUCUUUUCACGACUUACCAUGGAGUCCAGUGGCAAAAGGUACGUGCGCAUCUGUGCCCCAAAGCUCGACACUCCGCCAGCGAGCGCACUCGAGGUUGCGAUCGAGGCCGAGGACGCUCUUGUGCUCGCGCCAGGAAAUCCCAUUGCCUUUCUGCUCCAAUUUCUGCGCCGCGGAGCGGAACGACGCGCGAACGACGCGCCGCCUUUCCAGCUCACGGUGGCGUACCGCACGCUGCAGGACGAAGUGACCGCGAUGCUAUUCUACCUGCUUGCGCUGCAGCUUGUCCGCACGGAAAUUCCAACCAAUUGGACGCACGGCGACCAAACACUGCUGCAGUCUUCUUUGCGUGCGUUUGUGUGCGAGGCCGAGGCUGAGCAGCGGUGCGGAGAAGGCGGCAUGCUGUGCAUGCCGCCAUUUGAAGCGUGCGACUGGGAAAAGCGCGCGGCGCAGUUUGAGUGGCCAAGGGACAAGGCACGCUUGUUUGUGGCGCUUGUGCGUGCAGUGCUCGACGCAGUGCCCACUGCGGCGCUUUCCGGGGCCGUCGAGAGCACCAACGCCACGUUUCCACGCAUCGACACACCCACAGCGAUGGCUGCGCGUGUGUGGCAGGAUGCACAGGCGUGCUUCGCGUGGCGGACGCUUUCGGUGCCACUCUCGGUGCCGUUUAUGGACGCGGUGCAUGCGGUUUUCCUAUCGCCGUCCGAAACGCACGCCAAGAUGGAUUAUCCCAUUCAAGUCACAAUCACCAUCCGCACGACGCUUGCAUGGGGCGCGGCGGCGGCAGACGCAGAUCUCGAGUCUCCCGUGCAUCUUCAGUACAAUAUCCUCAACGACUAUGUUCAUUGGCUCGUUUUGGGCACCAAGAAAGGCACAUUUACCAUACCCGCCCACACGGAAACACAUCUACAUACUCUUACCGCCUCCUUGCUCCCUGUGCGUCCCGGCGCACUCUUGCUUCCACACAUUAGCGUCGGCCCUGUGCCUCCGACCGAGUCGACGUUUCGGUGCGAUACGUACAUGGCAAACGGUGCACAGACCCUCAAUAUUGUAGAGGAGAUUGGGCAUGAUAUGUACUGGGUCGAUCUGCGGCCCAUCGAAACGAUUUCUUCGUAG